AUGCGGGGACGCGGAAACCGCGGAGGAGCAUGGGCGCUAUGGCUCCUGGCGGAAAGCGGGCUCUUUCUCUUCUUGGCGCAACACGCGGAAAACGCAGCGGCGCAUCUUCCGCUAAGCGCGGCUCCAAGGGCGGGAACGGGUGGGGUAGGCGAGAGGGAUCCGCGGACAUGGGCAGAAGGCGAGGGGGAGACGGUCGGGCGAGUGGGGGAGAUGGAAGCGGAACUUGAGGGGGGGGUUUCUGGAGUGGCGGAAAGAGGGAGGCCAGGGGGAGCAAUUGGGGGGAAGAGAGGUGGCGGAAUGUUGAGAGGCGGAGUGAGAGGAGGGGAAGGGGAGGGAACGGAUGCUAGAAUCGAGAUUCGGCAAGAAUGGGUCUAUGCCAUAUCCUUUGAGCAGAAGAAGCAGCAGCUCAAGAAUCUCAAGGCGCAGGGCCGCUGCAACGACCACCCCAAGCUCUUCCGCACUUGGCUGUGGGAGAGCGCCUUCCAGGAAGGUUCCAUUCCGUGGGUGCCUCAGCCUGGGAAGUACAUUCUCAUGGACUGCCAGAGGAGCCAGGUGGGGCUGGAUGCGGUUGAGUGGGGUUGGACUGGGUGGGUGAGCAACCGCAUAGGGUGCAUUCGGCGGCAUCUGCUCCUAGCAGGCAUGCUUAACCGCACGCUGGUUGUGCCCUUAAAGCCCGAUGAAGUCGCUCGCUUCUACGACCGCCGCACCUUCCUGCACCUGCCACACCUGCAUCGCUGCUACGGGCCACGCUCCGCCAUCCCGCUCCACCAGCUUCGGGAGGAGGUUCGGGGGGCAGCGGUGAAUGGGGGCAGUAGGAGCGCAGAAGCAGGACAAGGUAAAAGAGAUGCAGGAGGUGGUGGGAGAGAAGAGGCAGAGUCUGCAGGAGGGUCUGCUGCUGUUUCUGAGGCGCCUCAGGAGACAGAAGAGGAGAGGAAUGAGGAGGAAGGUGCAGUGAUGGUGCAACAGGUACUGUGUCCAUAUGAGGCAUGCUACAUGCAGCCAUGGACGAACAAGCCUUCCUUGCUCCCGGAGCUAGAGGGCGUGAUAUACCACAACAUGACAUGGACUGCUCUCAACAUGCCUCUUUCUCACUUAUUCACUCUCUCGGAUCUUCGCUCCUUGGGAAGUUCGCUGCUGCCGUCUGCUGACGUUGUGCUGUUUGGGGACUCCUACCAGUGGAACCUUCAGGGAAACAUCUCAAAGAGUGUGGGGCUGCCGUUUGGGAGUAGUGGUAGUGGUGGUGGAUCAAAGAGUGGUGAGUGUGCGAAUCGACUUGCAGUGCAGCCGCACCCAGCAGUGCUGGAAGCAGCCUUGGGAUUCGUGCAGCAGGUCAUCUGGAAACCGCCAAGCACCUCCUCUUCCUCUUCCCUGUCCUCGUCCUCCUCCUCGUCAUCUCCCUCUCCUACCUUCUCCCCCUCCUCGUCUUCGCCUUCCUCCUCUUCCUCCACUGCCUUUUCACCUGUCGUCCCAAUGCCAGAGGGCAUCACAGCAGCAAGCGAUUCUGCCCCAGUGUCUUUCACCACUGCUGUCGCUGCAGCAGGGCCCAGCAAGGGCAGUGCGGCAGAGGCUGGUGCAACCCAGCAGCAGGGCAGUGUGAGCAGUGAGAUGGGCACUGGUAGGGACCAGAGGCAGCCACAGCGGUACCUGGCUGUGCACUGGCGACGGGGAGAUCUUUUGCUGCUGUACAAAAAAAUUCUGGCGUUUCUCACUGUGGAGAACACUGGGAGAUGCAUUACCGAGAGGAUGGUUAGGUCGGGGAAUAUAUCCACGGUGUUCCUUGCAACGGAUGCGGAUGGGGAAGAGGUGGGGCAGCUGGAACGAGUUAUUCUGGGUUACCUGCCCGGAGUGGAAAUUGUGCAACUGCCAGAGGACCUGACGGGACGGCCAUGGGCGAGGGUGCUUGAAUCGUUCCAGUUCCAGAACCAAGCGUUGCUUCGAGCGACACUUGACAAGGCUGUCUGUGCGUUGGCUGAUGUUUUUAUGGGAACGCCAAAGUCUUCGUUUUCGAUUGAUAUUGAGAGGCUGAGAACAGGAUUUAGGAUUUCUACAUGCGAAGAUGAGUACACAUGUGAAAGCAUGCUCAGGUAG